ACCAGCACUAAACUCUGAAACUCCUCGUCCUUUUUUUCUUUUUCUUUUCCCCUUUAAAAUAACUGGGCAACCAUCCCUGAUUGAUUUGGAGUGUUUUUUUUUUUAAGAAAAAAGUUUUUUUGGGGGCUCUGAAUCCGAUGGAGAGAAAGGUGGUAGUUGUGUGUUGCGUGGUGGGAUUUCUAGGGCUAUUAUCUGCUGCUACGGGCUUUGCCGCUGAGGCCACCAGGAUUAAGGGAGAUCAGGUUAAAUUUCCCUCUCCUGAUGUCUGUGUAUAUCCAAGGAGCCCUGCAUUGGGCCUUGGACUAACUGCGGCUGUGACCCUUAUGAUUGCUCAAGUUAUUGUUAAUGUUGCUACUGGGUGUAUUUGUUGCAGAAGGGGCCCACAUCAAGCAAACUCUAAUUGGAAACUAGCACUUGUCUGCUUUAUUGUUUCGUGGUUCACAUUUGUAGUUGCGUUUCUUCUAUUGCUAACUGGUGCAGCACUGAACGAUCAGCAUGGUGAAGAGAACAUGUAUUUUAACUACUACUACUGCUAUGUCGUAAAGCCUGGAGUUUUUGCUGGAGCUGCCAUCUUGUCCCUUGCAAGCGUUACUCUCGGAUUGAUAUAUUAUGUCAUGCUGACUUCCACCAAGAACGUGAUUGAUGCAUGGGGUGGAUCCUCAGCUCCUGUCCCAGGUGGCAUUGCAAUGGGACAGCCCCAAUUUCCUGCUCAAAACACUGAAGCUCCAGUUUUUGUGCACGAAGAUACCUACAUGCGGAGGCAAUUGGCUUGAUUGGUGAAAGAGGCUUCUGAGGAGGAGGGCUGUGGCAUUGUGUGGUCUGACAGGACGCAUAUGAGGUAUAGACAGGGGGGCCUGAGUGUUUUUUGUUGGGUGCCAAUACAGUUUCCAAAGAGUAGCAGAAAGUUUGUAGCUUUUGGUUUGUUGAAUGACACUACUGUUUGAGUGCCUGUCCAUAGCAGCACACUGCCUAAGCUGGUACAAAGAUAGAAUCCUGUGUAUAAAAUCGAAUCGAUCUCUCGUCUCCCGCUUUUUUUGGCUGUAGUUUCUGCAUUAGUAAUGGGAAAAAUUGCCGACUUCACUAUGUCAUUUUCUGAGAA